AUGGCACCAAAUGGCUUCUUACCAAACGCGCCCUACAAGACAUACAUCGGGCUCAUGCUCUCCUGCCCCCAGAUCUACAACGAUAUGACCUCCGAAGCCGUCCGCCUGGCCCCUUCCAUCCUACGCACGAUCCAGUUCUCCGUCAACGCAACGCCAAUGAAGCUACAACCGCUCCGGCCAACGACCUUCGCUUCGCUGAUGCACCUCACGAUCGGAAUACCGCGCUGGGCAAUGCUCGAUCGGCCUACUAUAAUGGGCAUUCUACAAGCCAUGGCACCUGUACUAGAACUUCACCUAGCUAGACUGACCAUCGGGUUAGAAGACCUUGAGUGCGAAGAUGACGUCUUGCAGAUGGUCGCGACACUGAAUCCGGCACAAAUCGCGCGUUACAUGAGCCAAGUCCAGGACAUGCCCGCACCCCUCUAUUCUCCAAGCGAUUCUAUGGCAUCCGACCAUUAUCGCAUCCGAACAACAUACAGCAAUAUCAUUGGACUCAUCACAGCAAUGAAUUGUCUCAUAGCUCCAGGGAUGUGUAACGGAAAGCAUGCCCAGGCCAAACCACUGGUGCCUUCGCGCUUCAGUCCUUAA